AUGAGUCUCCGACCCAAGUCCAGGGUACCUUCACCUCGCCAACCACAGCCGCCCGAGUUCCGCCGUAUAGCUGCAGCGGGGACUCGCGGCUGGGGGGCCGUUCAGGUACCCAUCGAUGCAGGUUGGCUCGCCGAGUCGUUGCCCAACUGCAGCAUCGGCGCCGCGGAGAGGAUACACUUACAGCGAGUGAGAGUGAGUGAGGAGAGCGAGAGUGAAAGUGAACUGUCCACUGAGACAUGCACCCGAGAAAAGAACAGCCUGCUUCGGGCCCUCUCCCCCGGGAAGCAGCUCACAAUCAUCACCUUUCCGUCCAACCAACACCCAGCACAUCUCGUUCUUCAAUCUCUCUCUGCCCCCAACUCGCAUUUUCGUCCCCACACCCUCAUGCACUCGGCUCCCAAUAUCACCUUCAUUCGCUCGGGGGGGGGGGGGGGCGGCCAGUCAGCAUUGGCGUCAGGCACAAGGCAUAGGCGCGGGUGGCACAAGGUCCCCUCUUCUGUCCAUAUCUGCGUUCAUGCUCAUGCAUAUGCAUAG